AUGAUAAAGCUUGUGUACAAGAUUGUGGAUAAGGAGCAAUAUGUGAAAAAGUGUGUCAGAUCUCUAGUGACUUCAAUCCUUGAGGAACUCUCAUCAAACUUCAAACGCUUGUUAACACCAUGCGCAGGAUUUGUGUGUGAGCCUCCAAAAGUUUGCCAGCUGAAUGCUGAACGUAAACCUGUGUGUCGCUGUGCCGAGAAAUGUCCUGACACAUUAGAAUUUGUUUGUGGAGACGAUGGUGCCACUUAUAGCAACUUGUGUCGACUCGAGAUGGAAGCAUGUCGUACGAUGCGAAUUAUCCGACUUCAUCAUUCGGGGGAGUGCCAGGGAUCUAACCCAUGUCGAACAAUAACAUGUGAAUUUGGUGAGGAAUGCAGUAUCAACAAAAAUGGCAUCGCAAAAUGUCAGUGUCCGUCGCCUUGUGAAUUUAUUCUACGCCAAGUUUGUGGCUCUGAUGGCUACACAUACGACAAUGAAUGUGACCUGAGACGAACAUCAUGUCUUCAGAAAAAAAAUGUUAUACUAUCACACCAUGGGCCCUGUGGUAAGUCACACCAUAGAUCUGUGGUUUGUGGCACAGAUGGGAGGACUUACCCAAACGAGUGUAAACUCCGCCUCACAAACUGCGAUGAACACACCCACAUAAAUAUUUGGCACCAAGGCAGAUGUAGGGGCUGUGGCGAGCAGGACCAGUGUGAGUUCUACUCCAUCUGUGAUAAGACCAGUGACCACCCCACAUGUGUUUGUCCCAAGGCAUGCCGACAGGAUCAGGUAGUGAAACUGUGUGGAUCUGACGGGAAAACCUACAGAAACGAGUGUGAGCUCAUGUUGGAAUCGUGUCGUCUACAACAACUUAUCAUAGUGGCCUCUAUAGGGGAGUGUG